CACACGGCCGCCGACCCAGCACCGUUCCCACCUUCUCGUCUUACCACCACCAUGUCGCCCAUCAGGACACAAUGGACGCGCCUCAUCCGCUUCGUUGCCGCUGAGACGGCUCAAAUUCACAUUGGAGAGCCCGUGGACUCUAAGCUUGAUAUCGGUCUGGCAAUCCACCAGAAGAAGCCUGUCAAGGCCUACGAGAUCGUUGGCUCCGCUUUUGACCCUGCGGCGCAAGUAACGAAGAACGUUCUUACUGUCAAGCAGCUGCUUGCUCCGCUUUCGCGCGAGGAAGUUGGGCUUGUUCGCUGCCUUGGUCUGAACUAUGCUGACCAUGCUGCCGAAGCGAACCUUGCGGCUCCUGCCUAUCCCGUUCUAUUCUACAAGCCCACGACGUCUCUUAUCGGCCCGGAGGUCCCUGUCACCAUCCCUAAACACGUUCAGCCUGUCGAAAAGCACCUGCCUGACUACGAAGUCGAGUUGACUGUUGUCAUCGGCAAGGCCGCGAAGAACGUGUCGGAGGCAGACGCGUUGGACUACGUUCUGGCUUACACAGUUGGCAACGACAUUUCGUUCCGUUACCACCAGAUGGCGGUGUCGCAAUGGAACUUUUCCAAGGGCUAUGACAACACCACCCCGAUCGGCCCUUGCCUCGUCGCCGCACAUGCCAUCGCCGACCCGCAGAAGCUUAGCUUGAAGACUGUUGUCAACGGCAAGACUGUCCAAGACGGCACCACCUCUGACCAAAUCUUCAACGUCCGCCAAACCAUUGCCUUCUUGUCUCAGGGCACGACGCUCCUCCCUGGCUCUAUCAUUAUGACUGGUACGCCGAAGGGUGUCGGCUUCGUGAAGAAGCCUCCAGUCUACCUGAAGGAUGGGGACGACAUGAGUGUCUGGCUCGCAGGCGGUAUCGGUACCCUGUACAACCCCGUGGUCGAGGAGCGUGGGAGCGAGAAAGCCAAGCUUUAAGCUGUAGGUCCAUCAGCGGUCCGCGCAGGAGGCAUUUAUGCGACGCAUUCGAUCUUGGAUGUCCUACAUUCUUAGAUGACCUAUUCUUGACCUCGGGUGUAUCUGGAUUUGCGCUGUAUACUAUCAUGAUCAC